UUUGAGUUAAGAUUAAAUAUGAUCAUAAGUAAGAAAACGGCGGCUGAACCUGCAAACGUUAGCGUCUACGAUCCAGAGUCGCAGCCGCAGAAGCAAACGCUACAUCAAGUACUGCUAGCAAAGUGGAGAGACGUGAAUAUGAUUGUUUUUUCCGUUACUCUUACACUCUUCCUCUGUCCACUUGUCUACCAUUCAGCGUCUCGUCUCAUGACGCAAUCACUGCCGCAAAGUUCAAACGUUUCUGCAUUUGAGCCGCAUCUGAUCACUGCUAAACACGAUUUUAACAACACCGACACCUUUGAGGCAGAAGAUAGGGGAAAUUUGGCGAGAAUCUUGAAGGAAGCAUCGAUGAAGGAGAAGAAGACGGUGAUAAUAACGAUGAUGAAUCAGGCUUGGGCCGAACCAAAUUCUACGUUUGACGUAUUUCUUGAAGGCUUUUACGCCGGCGAAGGGACAGAGAGACUGCUACUUCACGUGGUGGUGGUAUGUUUGGACGAAAAGGCCUACUCACGGUGCAAUGAGGUCCAUCCUCGCCGUUGCUUCUUGUUGAGGACUACCGGAGUUGAUUUCUCCGGCGAGAAGCGGUUCAUGGUGCCUGAUUAUCUCAAAAUGAUGUGGCUUCGAGUCGAGUUCUUGGGUUCUUUGCUAAAGCUUAGAUAUAACUUCCUCUUCACGGAUAUGGAUACAAUGUGGCUCCGAGAUCCAUUCCCUGGACUAUUUUCAGCGGUAGAUUUCCAAGUCGCUGGAGAUUACUAUUAUUACAAUGGAAAUUCUAGCGACACACGCAACAGAGCUAAUGGUGGCUUCAAUUUCGUCGUGUCAAACCACAGAACAAUCGAGUUUUACAAUUACUGGUAUGCGUCGAGGCUGAGAUUCCCGGGUAAAAAUGAGCAAGUCGUGCUGGAGCGGAUCAAACAUGAUCAUUUUAUUAAAAAAUUAGGACUCAAGAUGAGGUUUCUUGAUCCAGUUUACUUUGGCAAUUUCUGCCAACCAAAUUGGGAUAUUAGCAAAGUCUAUCUAAUGCAUGGCAAUUGCUGCGGUGGUAAAAGGAACAAGGUUAAGGAUUUAAGACAAGUUCUUGAGGAUUGGAGAAAUUAUAUGUCCGUAGCUGCUUCUGGGAAAGCCAAUGGCCGCAAGUUAGGGUUUCGAAAACCGAUGAAUUGCUGGAAAAGAGCGAGGAGACAUUAGUGAAAUUUGUAUUUGGGGGAAAAAUAUGUUUUUAUGAAUUCACCUCGUUUUAGUGAUCCUGGUGUUAGUAGAAGCAGAAGUAAAAGUCUUGUCACAUUACAUUCUCAAGAGUAGUAAUAAUAAUGGCUAUGCAAAUUCGGUGCAUUUUUUAAUAAAUCACCAUUGCCAAUUAUUGUAAACGAUGUGUGAGAUGAUAUAUAUUUGCGUGUAAAAGU